AUGAAGCUUUACUUCGAGGCUGAGAAGUUCGUCAAUAACGACAAGGGCAGCUUGAAAAACAGGAUCUUCAAUGCUAAGCUAUCGAAUUCUCCAAAACACGUCUACGCCCUCGUGAUCUCCACCCUCAAAUACAAAGAGCACAUCGAUGUCAUCAUACGAAAGUCUCGCUUGAAAGAUGUGCCUCAAUUGAAAAAGUUGAAAGUGUCAGAUGCCCUACUAUCGCUUCUCGUCCAGGACUUUCUAUUUUCUGCCAAGGGUAGGAUCCAGCUGGGCAAGCACCCUAUCAAAGAGGCCUUCUUGCUUAACAAGACCAGAAUGCAAGCAGAGCUCACGAAGCUCAAGCUAAAGCACAAGGUCAAGUCUGUGGCAGAGCUACCCUUGAAGGAGGGAUUUGAUGACGAUGAAACACCCGUUCGCUGGAUCCGUGUAAACACCUUGAAGACCUCGCCGGAGGCUUUGUUCAAAACUUCGUACUUCUCCAAGUUGACUGAGGUUUCGUCUCUUGAUGAGCUUGACGGCCCGGGAAAGAUAUACAAAGACGAGUACAUCACGAAUCUUUAUGGAAUUCACCCUCGAGACAAGAUCACGAAUACUCAAGCCUACGCUCAUGGCGAGGUGAUUAUCCAAGAUCGUGCCUCAUGUUUCCCUGCUGAGAUCCUUAACAACGAUCCGAGCGAUUUGCAUAAGUGUGUCAUAGAUGCCACUGCUGCUCCAGGCAACAAAACAACUCACGCUGCAUCUUUUGUUGCCCAGCAUGAUGGAGUGGUUUUUGCUUUUGAAAGAGAUAACCAGAGAGUCAAGACCCUCAAAAUGAUGUGUGAAAAGGCCACAGGCAAGGCCAAAAAGAGCUUGAUCCACCCUACCCAUGCCGACUUUACGACCGUUAAGCCCGAGGAUUUCGAGAAUGUGACUGGCCUUAUAGUGGACCCAUCAUGCAGUGGUUCAGGCAUUUUUGGCAGAGCCAUUGAGGAUGCCAGUGCAGAGCAGGAGAAGGAAGAGACCGACGAAACAAGACUCAAUAAACUUGCUGGGUUCCAGUUCAAAAUCAUGAAGCAUGCUCUCUCAUUUCCAAAAGCCCACAAGGUUGUCUACUCCACAUGUUCUAUUCACCCACAUGAGAAUGAGAGGGUGGUGGUGGAUUUGCUCAGUGACCCCGAAGUGAAAGAAGCCGGAUGGAGACUUGCCCCCAAAAAUGUGGUGAUUCCAUCCUGGCCCAGAAGAGGCUGGGAGCAAGAGUUCACAUCGUUGAGUGAUGGAGACGAAGCCAAAGGCCGUGAGCUUGCAGGAGGAUGUGUUAGAGCUAUACCCAAAGAAGACGGAGGAAUUGGCUUUUUCGCUGCCUGUUUCGUACGUGAUAGACAAUAA